CUUGCUGCAUAGGUGUCUGUGAUGAAGCCAGUGAGGAUCAUUUGAGACAGAAUCUGCUUGAAUUGGUUCACCCAUUGGCAUCUUUGUAAGUUGGUCUCUAAGAUGGAGAGGUUUAUGGUUGGUGUUAAGGCUGUUAGUCUUCUGACAUGUUCCAACAUCACAAAUACAUCCAAAAUACGAUAAGCUCGGCGGCGGCGGAGGUGGCAGAAUGUCGAAGCAAUGAACGGCCGCGGCGGAGAGAAACCGUAUGUUGAGAUGACGUCGCACAAAACAAUAUAAGUUGGAAGUGUUGGAAUAUGCAAACAUUGGAUGAAAAUCACACAGAACCAUAGCAAUACGUUGAACUCUAUUCCUCUUAUAUAAGAGACGAUAUCUUCUUUUUCCAGCAUACUCUACUUUCUCUUUCUUGGCAUCAAAUUGUAAAACAUGAUUUCGUUGAGCUAACAUGGGUUCCGGUGAUAAAUCUCCCUCAUGAUCUCCUUCAGAAGUAAAAAUAACGUGACUAGAAUAAGGAAAACUAUGCUGGCAACUAUUCGGAGAUUCAACUCAGUGGCCGAACAAUCUGCACGCCUAACCAAAUUCUCUCUUCAACCCCCAAAAUAUGUAGAAGUAGAAUUUGCCAAUGGUAGUGCAUUCAAAUUAUCUGCUGAGUUUCUCAGAAUAAAUAGCCCUGCAGUUGAUGGAAAAAUCAGAUCAAUUGGAGGUGAAAAGGUGAUAUCUGGAAGACGCCAUGUGGGAAUUAUGUCUGCAGAACCAGUAGGAAACUAUGGGGUAAGGCUCAAUUUUGAUGACUUGCAUAAAACUGGUAUUUAUUCCUGGGAUUAUUUCUAUCAUCUAGGAAGCAACAAGUUUACCCUUAUGAGAAAUUACAUAAAAACACUGAAGAAAUACGGGCUUAGUCGAGAUCCGCGAGGAAGAAAAUGAUGCAGACUUCGGUUUGACUUACCCGAAUCUAGUUUCAGAUGUGUUGGCAGUUUUCAUGCUAAUAGUCAUAUGUAGCUGCAAGAGUGGUCUAAAAAACUGCUCUACCAUAACAACCCUAAUAAUUCUCGUUCGUUGUGUUUGAGCAUAUUUCAGAACUUGUAUUACCCCAUAUGAAUCAGUCUCUGUAGUAUGAAAUCAAACUGGUUGUAGUAAGAUUCAAUCUUCAAAUUUUUAGUUACACAAAAUUCUUCAGAAUCACUCUCUGUAAUCAGAUUGGUUUUGUAAUAAAACUAGUAACAAAUCCGUGCAUUCGCAUGGGUUCUGGUA